CUUAGCUCCUAUUCUGCAGUGCCACGAAUCUGUCACGCGGCAUCGGUUAUCGAGUUUAUUGCUUCUUCCUGAGUAGCCACUGCACAUUGGGAUUGCUGACAGCGAAUUAUCGGAGUUUUUAUUAUUGUUUAUCGAGGACUUCACAUAACCUCAAUGCGCUGCCUCUUUAUAACCUCGAAAUUAGCUUCGUUUCGUGUGUUUUUUCGCGUUUUCUAUUGACCUGAUCGCGUGUCAAGUUGCUAUGGCAGAUGUAUUACGUUGUUGUAAACUCCAUUUUACAUAUGUUGCACUUACUGCGAUAUUUGCACAAUGUACGAGUGUGAGUGGCGAGGCAACAGGGGCAACAUCUCUUAAUCAAGAUAAUAUUGAUAUGACCUUAGCCUCUACUGAACUAGUUUUUAUUAACUUCUAUGCCGAAUGGUGUCGAUUUAGUAAUAUGUUACAACCUAUUUUUGAUGAAGCCUCUGAUAAAGUAAGGGAAGCUUUUCCAGAAGCUGGAAGAGUCGUCAUGGGAAAAGUUGAUUGUGAUAAAGAAUCAUCCAUCGCAUCAAGGUUUCAUAUUACCAAGUACCCAACCCUGAAAGUUAUUCGAAAUGGUCAACCCUCUAAGAGAGAAUACAGAGGACAGCGCUCUGUUGAAGCAUUCGUUGAAUUUAUCAAGAAGCAGCUUGAAGACCCAAUCAAAGAAUUCCACGACUUGAAAGAACUUCGGGAUCUCGACGAUAAAAAGAGAAUGAUCAUUGGUUAUUUUGAUAGGAAAGAAGUUCCUGAGUACCAGCUUUUCAGACGAGUUGCUACAAAUUUGAAAGACGACUGUCAAUUUCACGUUGGCUUUGGCACGUGUUCCAAAGAAAAAUGUGAUAUUGGACAGCAUUUACCUUUGCUGGAUUCAAGUAAGGCAAUGCAUCCACCUGGUCAACCAAUAAUAGUAUUCAGAUCCGACAAAGCUUUGUCAAACGACGACGAUGAAACAUACCACGGUAGUUUGACCAAUUAUGAUGAAUUGAACAUCUGGGCUCAAGAAAAAUGUGUUCCUCUUGUCAGAGAAAUCACUUUUGAAAAUGCAGAAGAAUUAACUGAAGAGGGCUUGCCUUUCCUAAUUCUAUUCCAUGAUUCAAAGGAUACUGAAAGUGUAAAGCAAUACAAGGAUAUUGUUAUGAAUACUAUGUAUGAUGAGAAACAAAACGUAAAUUUCCUAACCGCUGAUGGCUAUAAGUUUGCCCAUCCACUUCAUCAUUUGGGAAAGAAAUUGUCAGAUUUACCACUGAUUGCAAUUGAUAGUUUUCGACACAUGUAUUUAUUUCCAAAUUUCCAAGACAUUUUUGUACCUGGAAAGUUGAAAGCUUUCUUGCAAGAUCUCUACUCUGGUAAAUUGCAUAGAGAAUUCCAUUAUGGUCCAGAUCCUAACAACAAUAAAAUACCUCAACUGGAAGGAAAAGUGCCAACCUCACCACCUGAAUCUACAUUCAAGAAACUAGCGCCUAGUAAAAACAGAUAUACGUUGCUUCGAGAUGAAUUGUAAACUUCACGUGUUAACGAAAUCUGAUCAUGUAACAAAAUCAAACAAACGUAUACUGAGAGAAAAGAAACAUUGCAGCAAACAUAUAUGUUAACUGUUAACAUAGGCAUGUUCGAUUUGAGCCAAUAAUACGUAUGUUAAUAGUUAACGUAGCUUUGUUAUAUGUCAAAUAGCUGUAUGUUAAUAGUUAACAUAUGGCUGCCUAUUACGAUUUUUCAUAGACUUUAUGAAGUAAUCAGAUAAAAAUUAUUAGAAAACACACUUGUAUGAAUUUUAUUAAUACUGAGUAACUUUACAGUGAUAUAAUGUCAAAAUUCAAAAUUUUGUCUUUCAUCGGCCUUUUGGGUCUAUAUACCAGAUCUGACAGUUCUAGAGAUAAAUAAUAAGUGUCAUUCCGACUGAUUCAGCAACCUCUGGCAUUUCCAAAAAGGUAUAUGUCAACUAGUUUAUCACUAUUAGUUCAAAAGUUAUUUGAAAAAUUCAGUAGUGUGUUAAACAUCAUAUCGUAAUCAUUCAUUUUUCAGAUUUGUAUUUUUCCAAUAACUUUUGAACUAAUAGUGAUAAACUAGUUGACAUAUACCUUUUUGGAAAUGCCAGAGGCUGCUGAAUCAGUCGGAACGACACUUAUUAUUUAUCUCUAGAACUGUCAGAUCUGGUAUUUAGACUCAAAAGGCAGAUGAAAGACGAAAUUUUGAAUUUUGACAUUAUAUCAUUCCAAAGGAACUUUGCAUGCUUCCUUAGGUAUAUUCAGUUGCUUUCGUUCUAUUAUUUAUGAUUUAUUGAUUAUUCAUGAUAAAUAAACCCUCAAGAAUAUUUUUUGUAUGAAAGAGGAUGACGGAUUUUGAGGUUAGGCGGUACGAGAGAAACGCCAUCUGCACGCAACACUACGCACGAUAGCCAUGAAAUUCAUAUGUUAACUAUUAACAUACAGAUAUUUCCCGCAAUAUUUUGUAUGUGUACUAUAGAAAUCUAUAGUAUACAUACAAACUGUUUUUGUUUGGUAUAGAAUAUUUGUAAGAUGUACGAUGACGAAUAUAUCAGCAAUCAUUGUUCCUAACGUGUGUAAAUGUUUACGGCAAUGAUAUCUUUCUCUCAGUGUAGUAGUGCUAUGGUCACCUACAUCCUGUAUAAAAUAAUAAUUAUUUUAUACAAUUUUUUGACUCGGGUCAAGAAAAAAAAGUUACAUAUAAUUCUGAUCGAGUCAGAUAGAUCUAUGAACUUAAAACUAUUUUAAAUACUCUGGGUACAGUUUAAAAAAACUUCCAACCAGUGGCAGGAAUUUAUAUAAAUUGCAUAGCAUCGGCUUCAAUGAAUUGUGAAAUUGUUUUCUAGAAGAUUAUAAUUUUCAUGCGAUGCCUUUCUGAGCGUUCAACUCCUAUUUUGCUGUAUAUUUAGAAACUUAUUAUUUGUAGCAAAGAUAUAAAAGUAUGUAUGCGUGAGUGUAAAGUUAUUGAGUGCACAAUGAGAGACAGUUUCUAUUCACAUGUGCUGCAUACUUACGCGUGGAUAGGCGAUUUAAUAAAAGUCAAUCAAUUGUAUGCAGCAAAGUUUUUGUGCCCUAAAUUUUGAUAUAUUUUAAAUUUAUCGGUCAAUGCAUGGGUUUUCCGCGCUUUCAACAUAAUUGUAAACCAAACUAGUAGAAUCGUUUAAUCAGAGAAUGAGGUGCGGAUUUGGUUGACUGAUCUGUUGCUUCCGAUUUAUCUUCAAGUGCGAGGUUUUAUACUGAAUGCAAGUUUUUGAAUCAUGUCUACUAAGAUUCCUAAUAAUCAAGUUUUUUAAGGUCUCACAAUAUGAAACGCACAGUUUUGGAGAUAACAGAUUAGUUCUUCAAUGCUGUACAUAGAGUGAGCAUGAUUAUUUAUUAUUUUACCGAUUGCUUUGGAAAAGCUAUUUAAUUGUUUUCUCUUAUUGGGGGUGCGAGUUUUCUUUGUUGUCAAACUUUAUAAAAGUCAUUCCAGUAAUAUGCAGUCGAAUUAAGCAGUGGUUUACUUGAACCUUAUAAAUCGAUGUAAUUAUUAUUUCAUCAAAAAAUAUAUCUUUGUAUACAAAAAAGAAUUAUUACUAAAGAAAAGUAUCGAAAUUAUAAAUAUUGUCUAUUUUUCGUUUUUGAAUCAUUGAAUUUGUAACUAUUAAGUUUGAGAGUUACGUGUUAUGCAUAGUUUACUUUAAAAUUAUACUUUAUGUUAUACAUAUAUGUCAUCUGUUUAAUAAGAUAUGAUAUUUUUUUCGUUUAAACUUGAGAAAUUCUAAAUCGAAAUUCCGAUGGAGCAUAUUUCGAGUUUUGAUACUCUUCAGUACGAAUCUUUAUACUUUCUAAAAUUUACAUUGUUUUCUACAUCGAUUAAUAACAAAUAAUAAAAAUACUAUCACUUUGCUUCAUCAGAUACAUUUUCAAAUAAAAUAUAAAAACAGUAGAGAGCUGCUUAGAGAAAAUAUUCGAAGGUAGUCAAAGUAGAGAUUCUGUAAACUACAUUUUUACAAAUCAACUUUUGCUAAAGAAAAAUUCUGUACUUUUUAUUUGUAAUAUAAUACAUCAUAUUCUAAACAACUCA